GCUUGGUUGCUAUUUUGGAAAUUCCCCUUAGGGGGUGCCCUUCAAUUGGCCCCAACUCCUAUAAAGGGCCAGCCUGAGCUUCAGAGGAUCCCUGUAGAGGAUCCUGAGACAGCACGUGGACCUCCCACAGCCUCUCCCACAGGUACCAUGAAGGUCUCCGUGGCUGCCUUCGCUGUCAUCCUGGUUGCUACCACCCUCUGCGCUCCUGCAUCUGCCACCCCAUAUGCCUCGGACACCACACCCUGCUGCUUUGCCUACAUUGUCCGCCUGCUGCCCCGUGCCCACAUCAAGGAGUAUUUCUACACCAGUGGCAAGUGCUCCAUCCCAGCAGUCGUCUUUGUCACCCGAAAGAACCGCCAGGUGUGUGCCAACCCAGAGAAGAAAUGGGUUCGGGAAUACAUCAACUCUUUGGAGAUGAGCUAGGAUGGAGAGCCCUUGAAUCUGAACUGCUUGCUGCUUGCUCUUUUCCCAGCUUGGGAGGCUUCCCCUUGCUAUUAUUCUACCCUACACCCUCCUUGGAGUGCCCAGAUUCUACCACACAGCAGCAGUUAUAAAAGCCUUCCCCAGUCUGGGCACAGUGGCUCAUGCCUGUAAUCCCGGCACUUCAGGAGGCUAAGGUGGGUGGAUCACUUGAGGUCACGAGUUCGAGACCAGCCUGGCCAACAUGGUGAAAUGCCGUCUCUACUAAAAAUACAAAAAUUAGCUGGACGUGGUAAUGUGUGCCUGUAAUCUCAGCUACUUGAGAGGCUGAGGCAGAAGAAUCGUUUGAACCCAGGAGGUUGAGGCUGCAGUGAGCUGAGAUUGCACCACUACACUUUAGCCUGGUGACACAGCAAAACUCCGUCACAAAAAAAAAAAAAAAAAAAAAAAAAAAAACCCCCAAAAAAAAAAAAAAAAAAAAAAAAAAAAAAAGCCUCCCCCAUCUAGAGCCUAGAAGAGCUUCUGAGGCACUGCUUUGUUGAAAGGAAGUCUCUAGGUUCUGAGCUCUGAAGACCCUUAGCUUCGCCAUGGCUCUGUGACCAGGAAGGAAGUCAGCGUGCCUCUAGAAGCAAGGAGGGAAAGAAGACUGCGCUCCUAAGCUUCCAUCUCCACCCCUCACAGGAGCUUACUGAAAAACAUGAAAAAUCAGCAUUCCAUUAAACUUCUCAAUGCAACUACAAA